CGGCCGCCCCCGGCCCACAGUGCAUCGCGGCGCCAAGAUGGCGGCGCCCAGUGAGGGCCGGCCUGGCCGCGGCGCCUCGACGUUCCCAGGCACCGAAGGCGGCUCUUUCGCUUUUGCUUUCACCGUCCCGCCCGGGGCUGCCGGCUCCGGAGCGGAGGAGCAACCCAAGAAGCCUUGCAGGGCCUGUACGGAUUUCAAGAGCUGGCUUCGCGAGCAGAGGAAGCAAACGGCGGCGGGCGGCGUGGCCGCGGUGGAGGAGAAGGAGCCGCCCCCCGAUUGCCCUCUGGACAGUGAGCAGCUGGGCCGCAGCACCUGGGCCUUCUUGCACACCAUGGCGGCCUACUACCCCGAGCGGCCCUCGGGCACCCAGCAGCAGGAGAUGAGGGAUUUCAUCCACCUCUUCUCCAAGUUCUAUCCGUGUGAGCACUGCGCUGAGGAUCUAAGGGAAAGGUGAGUUGCCUCAUUGGUUUCUUCCGU